AUGGCCAAGCUGAGCCUGAACCCCCUUUGGAAGCUGACGGACGGCGCGCCACCCGUCCUGUCGCUGCACUGUCAGAAGAUCGCUCGAGCCCAGCGGGAGUUUCUCUUCGGAGCCCGAGAGGCCGCCGGCGAGUACCCGACGACUCCUUUGUUGGCUGGCCCGUUCCAAAGUAUCCAAUAUGAAACUCUUCAGGUUUUAGACAAAGCACACAAAAUCUACGCUAAAGUUAUCAAAUGGGAUCGAAUUGGACUUGGCGAAAUACGCCAGAAAGACCGAGCUACGUCGACGCUCCGUAAUGGCCGUCGUCAGGGGUCAGCGCUAGGGCCUCACCAGUUUCAGUUAGGGGCUCCCGAGGGAAAAGGGGAGGAAGAGGGCAGUCGAGACCGAGACCGAGACCAGGAAGAGGAAGAGGUGCCCUGCGACAGUGCGAGGAAGCAACAGGACACGGAAGAACGUUGCCCAGGGGUCAAGAGAGCGUCCGAGGGCUUCCUCGACACCGGUCGCCCGGCUCUAAAGUCGCCCGUCCGGGCGUCGGGUCCUCGCGGGGACUCCGAGGACACCUUCAGCCGCCAUUUUGAGAGCAUCUUGGAGUCAGCGGGCGUCAAGGGGACGUCCCGGGACAGUCUGUGCGGCCGAGCCCCCGCGGGGCUCCGGGCCUCGGCGCCGCCGGCCCCCCAGGAGCGGCCCGCCCCGACCGACUCCGACGCCAGCGAGAGGCUGAGCAGCGGCUCGGAGGACACGCCCCCGGAGAGGCGGCGCCAUUCUCGGACGCCGUCCGUCCUGAGGCGAAGGGCGUCGGGCUCCGAGGGGGACGACCCGGGCGGCUCGGAGGGCCCCCGGCGGGCGGACGCGGCGCACCGGCUCAGCGGCAGACGCCGUCCGCACGCUGGCACGUGCGCUGAUGCUGCCCGACGCCGACCUGCGCGGUCCGACGCCCUCCCAGCCCCUCGGAGACAGGAAGUGGACGCUAAACUCGAUGGCGAACAUUUGCACAUUUUCUCCCACACAAGCUGCUCGUCACCGCUCGGAUGUGCGAAGACCAGAACGUUUGGGGGGGGGGUGUCGGGGGGGGUGUCGGGGGCGGUACGAGCGAGCGAGCGAGCGAGCGAGAGCGAGGAAGACAUUCGGACGGCCACCCCCCACACCCCCCCUCGCGGCCGUCAGCUUUCUCCUUUCCCGGCGGAGCGAGCGACCAUGAUCGGCGUGAACAGCCUGCACUCGGCGGGGCGCCUGCGCUCACGCUCGCUUUGCACGGUGCGCUACGGCCGCGACUUCCGCGUGAUGGACCCGUUCCGCUACCCGCGGACCCCGCGCUCGCGAUCCCUCAAGCCGCUCGUCUUUCCCGACCUGCUGGGGAAGGCUCAGGACGGGCAGAACCACCCGCAAGCCCGAAAGAGGAGGAAGGCGCUCUACAACUCCAUCAAGACUCAGAAGCUGCAGUGGACGCUCGACGAGGAGGAACUGAGGAAGUCCUUUUCGGAACUCGGGGACAGCGCGUGCGAUUCGUCCAGAUCGGCUAAGGGGGCGAGCGGCGCCGACGACGACGGGACAGGCGUGGAGGACGAGACGGCGCCUUGCGGGACGCCGCUUCACAAGAACGGCUUCCUGGUCCGCAAAGUGCACGCCGAUCCGGACGGGAAGAGAACGCCGAGAGGAAGGCGGGGCUGGAAGACCUUCUACGCCAUCUUGAAAGGCCUCAUCCUCUACCUGCGGAAGGGCGAGUGUGGCGCCGACAAGCCGCUGACGGACGAAGACCUGAAGAACGCCGUUUCCAUCCAUCACUCGCUCGCCACCAAAGCGUUCGACUACAGCAAGCGCGCCAACGUCUUCUACCUGCGCACCGCCGACUGGAGGCUUUUCCUCUUCCAGGCGCCGAACGCCGAGCAGAUGCACUCGUGGAUUACUCGCAUCAACACGGUGGCGGCCACCUUCUCGGCGCCGCCCUUCCCGCCCGCCGCCGGCUCCCAGAAAAAGUUCAGCAGGCCGCUGUUGCCGGGCAACGUGACUAAACUCUCUGAGGAGGACCAGGUCCGGUCCCACGAGGCCCGUCUGCGGGCCGUCUCUUUGGAACUGGCGGAGCUGCGGUCCAGUCCUCCGGAACGCAAGAUGAAAGGGAGGCAGCUGGAGCAGUACCAGCGGAGGGAGCAGCAUCUGCACUUUGAGAAAACGCGCUACGAGACGUACGUCGCUCUGCUGCGGGCCAAGAUGGAGGCCGGCGGCGGCGGCGAGGACCGCCCGGAGGCUCCCGAGGACGACGACGACGGCGACCCGCGAAGGACGCGGUCCGAACCCGCGCCGCAGGAGGCCGGCCGGGCCGGCGGACGGCGAGCGGGCGACGAACCUCGGCAGGACGGCCAAAGGCACAGCUACAGGCAAGCCGUGAAGAAGUGAGGGCGGCGGGGGCACGCCCGUUUCUUUGCCCGGGAGCCGCCGCCCCGACCCGUGCCCGCCCGCCCGCCCGCCCGCCUCCUCCCGAGGCCCUCGUGCCCGCCGCCCGCGUGGAUCGUGGGAUGGGCGGAACAACGGCGCCCCAAACGGCGUCCAAAUUGGCGGCUGCCCACAACAGGAAGGUGUGCCUGAGCAGUCGCCACCUUUGCUGUCCUUUUUCUCUUCUUUUCUUUCAACUUUUCUUCAUUAUGUCAUCAUUUCCCGCGUGGAGCCCAUGUGCUGCGCCACCGUCGCAUUUUCCGGACACAUCUGGAGUGUCCGCUCAACUUUUUUUGGCGACGCGUUCGGCUGGCGGACGCUUGACCUUGAGGGGGAGGCCCGACCCUGACGGCAAUUUCAAAACCGUCGAUCAGCCGCUCGACCGGAUGUUCAUUGGUCGGCGGAGCCCCGCCCCCUCACGCGCUCAACGGGUUUGACAUUUCAACUUUCUUGGCUUUCACUUAAGCGCAAUUAUUUAGCGGCACGUGUGUGUGUGUGUGCUGUAUUUGGAUGAAUGUCUAUAUAUCUAAAAUAUGUUUAAAUGUGAAAGGAGGAGGCAGGUGAAGCCACGCCCCCACAUCAGGGACCGGUUGGUAUGGUAACCGCAGCAUCCAGCUGGCGGGGCGAGGCACGGCAACGUUUUUGUCCGUCAAUCACGAAGGCGACGCUUGUACAUAAAAGCACGAUCGCCGGCUUCUCUUUCUGCUCGUUUGUGCACCUUUUCGCCAGCUUGAAUAAAAUCUCGUCUCUGUU